CUCCAUUUCAGUUGAAGAGCAUCCCCUUUUUUGCAAAAAGUUGUAGAGCAUCCACCAGCACCAGGGCGACACCGAGACGUAUAUCCUCUUAUCCUCUCCCUGCUGCUCGAGCUCGCGGCGCAAGAUCAUGGUGGACGCCAUCUCCAGUCCGGCGAGCACUAGGAGGGUCGCCGUGGUCACCGGCGGCAACAAAGGGAUCGGGCUGGAGGUGUGCCGGCAGCUCGCCGGCGCCGGCGUCACCGUCGUCUUGACGGCCAGGGACGAGGCGAGGGGCGCGGCGGCCGCCGAGAGGCUCAAGGCGCUGGGGCUCCCCGACGUCCUUUUCCAUCAGCUGGACAUCACCGAUGCCCCGAGCAUCGCUCGACUGGCUGAUUUCUUGAAGACCCGUUUCGGGAAGCUGGACAUCCUGGUAAAUAAUGCAGCACUUGGUGCGGUUGAGUAUGUUCAUGAAACAGACUAUGGAUCAGUAACGAGCAAGGAAAAGGAAAAGCUCAGUGGCAUGGAUAUGGAUCAGAGGCUGGGAUGGUUGUGGGAAAACAGCCGGGAGACUUACGACACUGCAAAGAAAGGUCUGCAGACAAACUACUACGGCACAAAGCAAGUGAUCGAAGCCUGUCUGCCUCUGCUGAAAGCCUCCUCCGAUGGAAGGAUCGUUAAUGUCUCCUCCCACUUCGGUCAGCUAAGGCUUUUCAGAAAUGAGGAGCUAAAGCGGGAGCUAAACGACAUUGAUGACCUCACCCAGGAGAGGCUGGAUGAGCUGCUAGACACGUUCCUAGAAGACUUCGAGGCCGACGCGGUGGAUUCGCGCGGCUGGCCGAAGUACUUCUCCGCGUACAAGGUUGCCAAGGCAGCCAUGAACGCCUACUCGAGGAUCCUGGCGAGGGAGCACCCCGAGCUGCGCGUCAACUGCGUGCACCCUGGCUAUGUCAGAACCGACAUGACCAUACACUCGGGGUUGCUGACACCCCAGGAAGGCGGGAGCAGGGUGGCGACGGCGGCGCUGCUGCCGAAGGGCGGCGUGACCGGCGCGUUCUUUGAAGACUUCAAGGAGUCGUCGUUCGUCUGAUGUUGGCCCGGCAUGGCACGUGGCAGGCUGCUUGCAGCGGCACCUCGUCUCUAUUCUUGUGAGAUGUGGUUUAGCAUUCGCUGUUUAACUUCAAUGUAAUGCCAAGGAAGCUAUUUUCGCUUGAGAUGAAAGAUUGUUGGAUUUGUA